AAAAACAAUUAAACCAAAAAAAAUGUAUCCAAGUGAUUCAAAGAAAAAUGUGUGAAGGGAAAAAAGAAAGAGGAUAAGACACUUGUGGAGAGCUUGUGCCAAAAAAAUCCAACGGCUCAGAUUCAACCAACCUCGUUAUAAUCCCUUCGUAACAAAUGCCACACGAAGACACACAUACACACACUACCGAUAAAGAAAAACCAGAGAAGAGAGAGAGAUAACAACAAUGGUUUCUUCGCUUCUUAUGUCAUUUGCUCCGGCCACCGUGAGGGUUUACGCCACAAGCACAAAGGGAGGUUCAGGCGGCCCAAAGGAGGAGAAGAAUCCCAUCGACUUUGUUCUUGGGUUUAUGACAAAACAAGAUCAGUUCUAUGAGACUAAUCCACUUCUAAAGAAGGUGGAUGAGAAAGAAGGCACCACCACCGGAGGCCGAGGAACCGUUCGCGGUGGUAAAAACUCAGCUCCGACGCCUGUGCCGAAGAAGAGCGAGGGUGGAUUUGGUGGCUUAGGAAGCCUCUUCAAGAAAUAGAAGAAAAAAAUGUAUAGUAAUUUGCAUUAUUCAUGCCUCUGUUUUCAUUCUCUAUAAUUCUUCGGAUUUCACUUAUAUAUAAGCUACUCUUUCUUAAUCUUAUUUGACAUCACAUGAUCUAGUUAUUUAUUUUUCUGAACAUUUUCAAGAUUAACUCCACUACUUCGAGAAAUCUGAGAAUAAUAGACUAAUAUGAGUAAUGCUAAUGCAACUUUUUCUGGAGUACAAUGAGUGAUGCUGUUGCAACCUUUUGUGGGGGUCUUUAAGAUCUUUACACAUAUCAGUCUGGCUUUUUAUACAUAUGAAUCAAUUAUACACUUUUUUGCCAAGUUAAAGAGACUGUAUCUAGCAAGAAUACCAAAUCUUAAAACACAUCCACCAAAAUCUAUGAGUUAUCACCAAAAGUCAUAUCCCAAUAUGGUUCUUCAAGUUUGAUUCAAGUGUUCUAUGCAUGCUGGAACCAUGGAUGCUAAAGGGCAAUGGUGAUAACCAGAUCUGACCUGGAGAUACAGAAGGCAGCAAGGAAAGAGCUGAUGAUCCGUGUUAGAUACUGUCUUUAUAGCUAUAAUUGAUGAUAGAACAGAGUAGUUGUUAACUGGAGCUAGCUUGUGCU